CCAAGCCAUAUCCAUACCAAGUUUCGCUGCAAGUCAAUGCAACAGUUUAUGGUCGUGAAGAUAUCAUAUGCCCAUACCGCAGGAAUUCUACUCAGUAUUUGCCGGAUCACUUAGCUUAAAUGGUAACGGUGGACGCUAUUUUCUCAGCAACAACCUAACUCAUCCGAAGCAUACUGUGAAGGGUCAAAACUACGAUAUCGGAAUCAUUACUACAGCAACGGAAAUUACCUUUAUUCCGAAAAGAGUUGGACCAAUCGCCUAUUCCAAUGUGGAAACUGUCAUCGGUACUGAAUGUGUAGUAACAGGAUGGGGUAAUAUGGGAAGAAAUGGAGGCGGUAAAGAUCCAAUUUAUCUUCAAGAACUACAUCAACGUACGUUAAGCAAUCUGGAGUGUCAAUUCAGACUUGAGGGUGUAACGCAAACGGAUAUCUGUGCAUUUUCACGAAUUGGACAGGGACACUGUAAUGGCGAUUCAGGUGGGCCACUUGUCGAUGUACGCAAACAAAUUCUUAUUGGAAUCGUUUCACGUGCGAGAAAAUGCGGUUUCGGUUUGCCAGAUAUUUAUACCAGAGUUUCCUUCUUUUACAGUUGGAUUCAAGGCUAUCUCAAAGCUCAGGUGAUGUGA